AUGACCUUUUUAAAAUCAUUCCUUACAAAGUUACCUUACUCUACAAAUACAAAACUGGGUAAAUUUAUUACUACUGAUCCCAGAAAAAAAUCAAUCAAAAUAUUAAAAGGUGCUCCAACAAUUUAUAAUCCAACUUCUUCUGCUAGUAAUCCAAAGGGUUACUUAAAGGCUAAAAUACCAAGUGGUAUAUAUUUUACACCAGCUCAAUCAUCCCCCACAGGUUCUAUUAACAGUGAAACUAUCCCAGUUUCCUUUAUGAGUAAAGAUGAUCCUAGAAAAUCACUAUACCAUGUUUACUAUAAUAAAGGGAAAAAAAACCCCAAAUUUGUUCAAAAAUUUGCUCCACCAAUUUUACAAAAAAAAAAUAUUGCGCAAGAAAAGAAAUAUCAUUUAACGCCUAAAGAUGUUGAAGAAAUCCAAAGAUUAAGGAAUUCAAAUCCAGAUAAAUACACCAGAAAGGCUUUAGCUGAAGCAUUCAAUGUUUCCCCACUAGUUAUCUCUUUGGUAAGUUCUGCUAAACCCGAAAGAUUACAAGAAAUGGAAGAAAGAUUGAAGUAUAUUACCUCCAGGUGGAAUGAAAAGAGAAGAUUAGCAAGGCAAGAUAGAGCCAAGAGAAAUAAAUUAUGGUAUAAAGCAUGA